AUGGCCCAGAGAAGCAUGGUUUCUCAUAAUAAUACAGAGUUUCAUCCUCAUGCUUUUCUUCUCCGAGGAAUUCCUGGUCUAGAAGAUGUGCACGUAUGGAUUGGUUUUCCAUUUUGUGUCGUGUACUUGACGGCUCUUCUGGGAAACAUCACAAUUUUAUUUGUAAUCCAGUCUGAACACAGUCUCCAUCAGCCCAUGUUCUACUUCCUGGCCAUUCUAUCCUCGAUUGACCUGGGCCUGUCCACAUCCACUGUCCCCAAAAUGCUGGGCAUCUUCUGGUUUGACCUGAGAGAAAUCACAUUUGAAGGCUGCCUCAUCCAGAUGUUCUUCAUCCACCUGUGUACUGGCAUGGAGUCAGCUGUGCUUUUGGCCAUGGCUUAUGAUCGCUAUGUGGCCAUCUGUAACCCUCUUCGCUACACACUGGUGCUGACCAAUAAGGUGGUGUCCGUCAUAGCGCUGAUCGUCCUUCUGCUGCCUUUCUUGUUUGCCAUUCCUUUUGUUCUGCUCAUCCUAAGACUGCCUUUCUGUGGCCAUCAGGUCAUCCCCCAUACGUACUGUGAGCACAUGGGCCUUGCUCGUCUGGCUUGUGCCAGCAUCAAGGUGAACAUUAUCUAUGGUCUAUUUGCCAUCUCUAUCCUGGUGUUUGGUCUUUUAGCCAUUGUCCUCUCCUAUGUCCAGAUUCUCCGUGCGGUCUUUCGCCUUCCUUCCAGUGAUGCCCGACUCAAGUCCCUCAGUACCUGUGGCUCCCAUGUCUGUGUCAUGCUGGCCUUCUACACACCUGCAUUUUUCUCCUUCAUGACCCACCGUUUUGGCAGAAACGUUCCUCAAUACAUCCAUAUUCUUCUCGCCAACUUUUAUGUUGUCAUCCCACCUGCACUCAACCCAGUCAUUUAUGGUGUCAGAACUAAGCAGAUCAGGGAGAGGGUCGUUAUGGUUUUUAGAAAGAAAUGA